AUGGCCGCCAUCGUCAACGGCCGCAAGACAUUCAUCCCGCUCGAGAACAACCCGGAGGUGCUGGGCCAUCUCUGCCGCAACCUCGGGGUGUCCCGAACCCUUACCUUUCAUGACAUUCUAUCUACUUCGUCCGAUCUGCUCGCGGGCAUUCCGCGGCCCAUUCGCGCCCUGAUUCUGCUCUGCGACCAGCCUAUCUAUAAUGCUGCUCGCACCACGGUGGAGCCCACUAUCCCCGAAUACCAUGGACAUGGUCCCCAGGAGCCCGUACUGUGGAUGAAGCAGACGAUUGGCCAUGCUUGUGGCCUCAUGGCUCUACUCCACUGUGUUUUCAAUCUGGCGGAUGGGAAAUAUGUAACACCCCAAUCGCAGCUGGACACGCUCAUGAAGCGCGCGGUUGGGUUAGAGCCCCAGGAACGAGCACAGUUACUGUACGAGUCGCAAUUCCUGGAGGAUGCGCAUAUGGAUGCGGCGCAACAGGGUGCUUCGUCCAUUCCCUCGGCCCAGGACGACAACCAUUUCCAUUUCGUGGGAUUUGUGAAAAUGGACGAUGGGAGGGUCUGGGAGUUAAACGGGGGAUUACCAGGCCCAUUGUUCCGCGGGAUGCUACAGCCCGAUGAAGACUUGCUGGGAGAACGAGGGCUGGCGAUGACCGUCCAAGACUUCCUCGAUGCGGCACAGACACAGCGCAGUAAUAUCGGGGUGAGUAUGGUGGCAGUGGCCGAGACAGUCUAA